UUUACCUAAACACUUUCACUCACUCUUUCUCAAAAUCAGAAUUUUCAAUAACUUCUCCCUCCUCCCUAAAAAAAACUGCCGCCACACCUACAGAACACCCCUGCCGCCGGCCCCAGCCACUGCCACUGCCACUGCCACUGCCACCGCCUUCCCCAGACCCUGCCGCUUGUCCGGCUGUGUGUUCACCUGUGUCUCUGCCGCCUCACAAUUCACAAAACAAAGACUCUAAAAAUCAGAAUUUUGAUUUUUAAGUUGUGCUUCAAUUUUUUUUGAUGAUGAUGCUGCGAUCGCAUAACAAUAUUCAAUUCACCAAGCAGCCGUAUAUUGAGGAUAAUGAGCCUCGUCGAAUUGAAAGCAUAAAUUUUUCUAUGUUUUCGGCAUCAGAAAUCAGCAAAGUUUCUGAAGUUGAAAUUUUUAAAGGAGUUUAUUACGAUGUUCAAAAGAAACCUAUAGCUAAUGGUCUUUUGGACCCUAAAAUGGGGCCUCCAAACAAAAGUAGUGGUCUUUGUGCAACAUGUCAUGCGAAGUAUGAAGAUUGUCCGGGCCAUUAUGGAUGUUUGACUCUUGCACUGCCUGUUUUUAACAUUGGCUACAUUGGUGCUAUCCUAGAUGUUUUAAAGUGUAUAUGCAAGUCUUGCUCACAUAUCCUGCUACCAGAAAAAGAAUGUAAAGAGACUUUGAAGAAGAUGAGAAACCCCAAGCUUGAUUCACUGCAAAAAACUGAGCUAAGGAAAAGGAUCGUGAAGAAGUGUACCUCUAGAGCUGAAGUGCUGUGCUUGAGAUGUGGAUACUUGAAUGGAAAGGUGAAAAAGGGUAAAACUGCAUUGCAAAUUGUUCAUAAUCGUCCGAGGCAGAAUAAAAAUGAUGAAGAAAGUGGAGGCUCCACUCUUUCCUUUAUAAAUCCUCAUGAUGCAUUGUUAUUAUUUAAGCAAAUGCUGGAUCAGGAUUGCGAGCUACUCUAUCUGAAUGAUAGACCUGAAAAACUUGUAAUUACCAACUUGUGUGUUCCUCCUUUGUCCCUGCGUCCUUCUGUUUUUGUUGAUGGUGGAAUUCAAAGCAAUGAAAAUGACAUCACAGAGAGGUUAAAGAGAAUCAUACAAGCAAAUGCUUGCCUUCUUCAGGGUCUGCAAGAACCAAUUAGCUCAUUUAAAAUAUUGGAUGACUGGGAUUACCUUCAAGUUGAAGUGGCUCAAUACAUAAACAGUGAUGUACGUGUUGCUUUACAAGCCCAACAACCUACUAAGCCAUUGAGUGGAUUUGUUCAACGUUUGAAGGGGAAACAGGGACGCUUUCGUGGAAAUCUGUCUGGAAAGCGUGUUGAGUUCACUGGAAGAACUGUGAUAUCACCUGAUCCAAAUUUGAAAAUCACAGAGGUUGCAGUUCCACUGUUAAUGGCAUCUAUCUUAACCUAUCCUGAAUGUGUCAAUGAUCAUAAUAAAGAAAGGUUGAAGCAAUGUGUGCGUAAUGGGCCAAAGAAGUAUCCAGGUGCAAGGUUUGUUGUAGAGACCAACGGUGACAAGAAAGACUUAUCAUUUUCUAUUAGAAAACGGAUUGCUGAAGACUUGAAGAAUGGCUGCAUAGUUCAUCGUCACCUUGUUGAUGGUGAUGUUGUUCUUUUUAACAGGCAACCAAGUUUGCACCGCAUGUCUAUUAUGUGCCACAGGGCUAGAAUAAUGCCUUGGAGAACUUUGAGAUUCAAUGAAUCUGUUUGCAACCCGUACAAUGCUGAUUUUGAUGGUGAUGAGAUGAAUAUGCAUGUUCCACAGACAGAAGAGGCGCGAACAGAGGCAUUACUGUUGAUGGGGGUUCAAAACAAUCUAUGCACGCCGAAAAAUGGAGCUAUUUUGGUCGCGUCCACCCAGGAUUUCUUGACAUCUGCUUUUCUAAUUACCAGGAAGGAUACAUUUUACGAUCGUACAACAUUUUGUCUGAUGUGUUCUUACAUGGGAGACGGAAUGGACAUCAUAGAUUUGCCAGAUCCAGCAAUAGUUAAGCCUAUCCAGCUCUGGACGGGUAAACAAUUAUUUAAUGUUCUCAUACGUCCAGGUAGACAACUGAGAGUCUUCGUGAAUCUUAUGGUGAAAGAGAAGAUAUACUGCAAACCUGACGACAGGAAGACGACUUGUAGGGAGGAUACCAUGUGUCCUAAUGACGGUUUUGUUUACUUCCGUAAUAGUGAACUAAUAUCUGGUCAACUUGGAAAAGCUACCUUAGGGAAUGGCAAUAAAGUUGGGCUUUUUUCUGUUCUUGUUCGAGACUAUGAUCCACAUGCUGCUGCUAGUUGCAUGAAUAGAGUGGCAAAACUAAGUGCUAGGUGGAUUGGUAAUCAUGGGUUUACGAUUGGCAUUGAUGAUGUCCAGCCCGGUAAACUCUUGAAUGAAGAGAAACAGUUCAGAAUAAAUGAAGGUUAUAGAGCAUGUGAUGGGUUAAUAAAAUCCUUCAACGAAGGGAAGUUGACUCUCAUGCCAGGAUGUGAUGCAGCCCAAACUUUGGAAGCUAAAAUUACACAACAGUUAAAUGAAAUUCGUGAAAUAGCUGGAAAGGUUUGCAUGAAAGAGCUUCACUGGAGGAACGGCCCAUUAAUAAUGUCACAAUGUGGUUCGAAAGGUUCCCCAAUCAAUAUCAGUCAAAUGGUUGCGUGUGUUGGUCAACAAGCAGUAGGAGGGCGUAGAGCACCAGAUGGCUUCAAUGAUCGUAGUCUACCACAUUUUCCUAUAAAAUCUAAGACUCCAUCAGCUAAAGGAUUUGUUGCUAAUUCAUUCUAUAGCGGCUUAACAGCUUCGGAGUUCUUUUUCCAUACCAUGGGAGGGCGAGAAGGCCUUGUGGAUACAGCUGUGAAAACGGCCGACACCGGUUAUAUGUCACGUCGACUGAUGAAAUGCUUGGAGGAUCUAGUUGUUCAUUAUGACAUGACUGUCAGAAACUCUAAUGGAACUGUUGUUCAGUUUUUUUAUGGAGAUGAUGGCAUGGAUCCUGCGCAAAUGGAAGGAGCAGAAGGAUUUCCCGUGGACUUUGAGAGAUUACGUUUCAAAAUUGAGGCUACUUGCCCAGCAGGGAGAGAUAUGAAACUACCUCCUUUAGAGAUACCUGAAAUUAUAAACAAGAGGUUUUCAACUUAUGGUGGUUGCUCUGAUGCCUUCAAGAAAAAGUUAUUUGAUUUUUUUGAGAAUUUAUCUAAAAGAAAAUGCUAUAUUUCUGAACAGCAGCUUCAGGUGUUUUUGGAUGCUUGCAUUUCUCGGCUUCGUUUGAAAGAAAUUGAAGCUGGAACAGCUAUUGGAGCAAUUGGAGCUCAGAGUAUUGGAGAGCCUGGAACGCAAAUGACUCUGAAGACUUUUCACUUUGCAGGGGUUGCCAGCAUGAAUGUUACCCUUGGAGUUCCUCGUAUCAAAGAAAUCAUUAAUGCUAGCAAAAAGAUAAGUACACCAAUCAUUAUGGCCAAACUUGACGAUGAUAAUUGUAUGGAUAUUGCACAAACAAUAAAAGGUCAAAUCGAGAAGACAUUGUUGGAUCAGGUUGCAAAGAGCAUAAAGCUUGUGAUGACGUCAUUUAGAGCUUCUAUAGUUGUUAAACUCGAUAUGGUAAAAAUUAAUGGUUCACGGUUGUGUAUAAAUGCUUAUACUGUCAAGGAGAGAAUCGAAAAGUCUUUGGCCAAGCGCAAAAGUGACAAACUGAAUAUCAAAGUUCUUGAUGAUGAUAAGUUAGCUGUAAUGCCUGAUGCGGAUAAGCACGAUGCUCACUUUGUGUUACAUCAAACUAAGAACAAGCUUCCAUAUGUCGUUGUCAAGGGUAUUGAUACCAUUGAACGAGCAAUUAUUGCUGAUGAGGAAGGGAAAAAGGGAAAGCUAAACUUGAUCGUUGAAGGAACGGGGCUUAGGGACGUAAUGGGGAUCCAAGGAAUUGAUGGGCGUAAGACAGAGAGCAAUCAUAUCAUUGAGGUGCAUCAAACUCUUGGAAUAGAAGCAGCCAGGAGCUGUAUCAUCAGAGAGAUAAAAAAAGUCAUGCAAAGUCAUUCUAUGGAUGUAGACAUACGCCACAUGAUGCUACUCGCUGAUGUGAUGACAUUUAAGGGCGAGGUUUUGGCUGUUACUAGAGUCGGGAUUGCAAAGAUGAAGGAAAGUAUUCUGAUGUUGGCAUCUUUUGAAAAGACAGCUGAUCAUCUUUUUAAUGGUUCUGUGAAUGCGAGAGAGGAAAAGAUUGAAGGAGUUACUGAAUGCAUCAUCAUGGGUGUACCAAUGCAGAUCGGCACUGGUAUGAUGAAGAUAAGGCAGAGAAUUGAUUCUUUGCCUGAGUUCAAAUAUGCAUCAGAUCCAAUAUUCGCUUGAUUAGUGAAGUUGAAGGCGAUAAUGGAGCAAACAUCAUGAAUUUUGGGUUUGGUAUUCACAUAUCAAGGCAAAUGAUUUGAUAAUUGCAUUCCUUGUCAUAUUACAUCCUUAAUAUGGAUUUUUUUAUACAUUUAUUAAAUUUGUGUAGGAAUUUUUCGUCAUUCAUGGUGAUCGUAUAGCAACCGUGACCUGAUUUUUUGCGAGAACGUAUAAAAACUCAGAUACAAGGUGGUAGGAUUUGAUAGGAUGAGAGUUUUACUUGAAAAUGUGUGUUCAUACGAAUUAUAAUAACGUCAAGAUUUUGUAGAAGUGGAAUCACAAUUUGCGUGAAUGAAUAUAUUAUUUUAUUGAAUAAUAAA